AUGAAGAAGCUGGAGGCUGCAGCUUUCAUGGACAGCACGGAGAAGGAUAGUUUUUCCUUAUUCUGGGGAGGAACGUUAUUUCACUUCUGGGCAAGCAAUCCUUAUCUGCGCCAAGCACUCUGGCAGGGAUUAUGGACAGGAACUCUUUGGAAGCAGCCAGAAGCUCAGCUGGCAGGAGUCAAGGCCUAUAAACUCUUUGCCUCCCUCUUCUGGAUUGAUGCCCAGGACUUUCAUCCAGCUGUGGUGUGUGAGUCUCAAGGUCUGGGUGUUUUCGAGCUCGCCAGGUGCAGGGAUGAGGAGGAGCGAGAUUCGGGCACUUGGCCCAAGCUGGCCAACAGGCUGCGGCAGAGGCGGCGCGACCUGCGGCGUUUGGCGGCGGCGGGCGAGGAGGAGGAGGACGAAGAGGAAGAGGAGGAGGGGGAGGCGAGGGGCGGGCUGGGCUGCGGAGACCUGAGGCUGGCGAGCGGCGUCAGUCUGCUGGGCUGGGGCUUCACCAAGGUGGUGGCCCGGGCGGCGCUGGCGGGCGGCGGGGAGGUGGCCCUCAAGUCGGUGCACGGUUCGGGGCGGGAGGUGCGGCAGUGCGUGGAGCGGUACGGGGAGCCCGCGGGGUGCCGCCGCCUGGCCGCCUACAAGCUGCUGAAGGAGGUGAGGCUGCUGCAGCUCCUGCGGCAUCCCGGCAUCGUCCAGCUGCACGGUCAAUGCUACGAUAAUAGCGGAGAUGCUGAGAUACGGGUCACGGCCAUGCUGGAGCUGGGAGCCCCCCUGGAGAUGAUUCAGCUCCUGCAGACCCCCUGGGAGGAGAGAUUUAAAAUUUGCCUGAGUCUUGUGAAACUGCUGUUUUACUUGGCACAUUCCCCCCUGGGUUCAAUAGUCCUCUUGGAUUUCCAGCCGAGGCAGUUUGUUAUGGUGGAUGGAAACCUAAAAGUGACAGACAUGGAUGAUGCCAGCACGGAGGAACUGUCAUGCAAGGAAGAUAAUGACUGCACACUCGACUUCCCUACAAAAAGCUUCCCUCUCAAAUGCUCUGCGGUUGGGAAAUGUGAAGGAAUAAAUGAAAAGAAGAAUCUUUUCAAUGCAUAUCGGUAUUUUUUCACCUAUCUUUUGCCACACUCUGCGCCACCGGCUUUGCGGCCCUUUUUGAGCGACAUUCUGAAUGCAACAGGUGAUUUACGAUAUGGAAUAAAUGAAACCCUGCAAGCUUUUGAAAAGGUUUUACAUUUGUACAAGUCUGGGCUCUAUCUGCAGAAAAGGCCUCUUCUUUUAAAAGACUACAUCUCCCUAAAGGGCUUCCGAACGGUGGAAGGAGAAGACUACAAGUGCUGGCCCUCCUACAGCCACCUGGGAUGCCUGCUCUCCGUUCACGGCGCCGAAGAAGCUGCUGCAAUUUGUAACUCCCAAUCGCAGUGUCAGAGCUUUAUCAUCACCCAGCAGAGGACAUGGACAGGACGCCCACUUGCCUCGUUUCAAAGUAGCCUGGCUGAUUUAGUACCGGAUGCUAACGCUGUAGUCUAUAUUAAACGAUCGGCUUCCUCGGGGAAAAGACUUUAAAGACAAUGAGAUCACAUAAUAUGAUCCUGGGAGGAACAAACCACUGGGGAGAGUUUCAUCUGCUGAAAAGAAUGACAUAUUUUAUUUUGCUUUGGGAUGGGAUCUCUCUGCCAGCUCAGAUAGAGUCGAAUGCUGCUGUCUCCUUGAUCAAAGCUGAGAUUUCUCAUUGCGCCCCGCUAGCUUCUUUAUCUGUUCCCACACUGCUGUUCUGCAUAAACGCUCCCAGUUUUAGUCAAAUGUUGUUAGAGACUGUGCAAUGCCCAGCCUUGCUGCUUCGCUAACCAGCUUGUCAGCCAAGAAAUAGAAAUAGCUGCAAGGGAUCCGGCUUGGGGAGGCUUAGUUAGUUCAGUCACCUCCAAAAACCUAUGGAUAACGCACCUUGGAGAAAGCAAUGGCUCCUUCUGCAGCUGCUGACCAGGAUUUCAUACCACUACAAAUGUAAAGGACUGGAUUUCAGCGAUGGGUCGAGGUUGCAGGGUUGGGAUCCAUAACCAGAGGUUGAUGAUGGGGGUGGUCUUCCAAGGAGGGUCCUGAUUCAGUUCCUUCCAGGGCAGGGGAGGGAGGUGGUGUGUAGGUCAAUUCUAGAACCAGAUGUUUGGAUGCAGGAUUUGGGUUUGACCCUAUGUGAUUUGUAAUGCCAGCUCCCAUGUAUCAACCUUGAAGGUUUUUCUCUGUUACUUUCCGUGAAAGAGUGAGACAUUCAAAUUAUUUAUAUAUAAGGCGUUACUCUGUAUGAUAAAGAAUGACU